CUGGAUAGGACCGGGAACAGGGUGGCUCCUUCCCUCGAAAGUAUUCUUUCCCAUCCUAGGAAACCAAUAACCGAGGACCGGGGAGGAGCAGCGCCCAAGAACGCCUCGACGCGUCUGGGGUCUGAACUGGAAGGAGCAAUUCGCGGCUGAUCGUAGCUCCCCAAGCAAAAGUUGCGUAUCCACAAAACACCUGACCACAACCGCACUACACUAUAGCAAACUACACCAAACUGCACGGCACGGCACCCUUCGCAGUCCAUCGGCCCUUCACUCCCUCCAACUCGGCUUCCCCGUUCCUUUGACGAGAUGAAGCUGCGUCACACCGGCGCCUUCAUCCGUGCAGCGCGGGCCGCACGCAUCUCUUCACCUUCCCCUCCCCAAAAGCUCAUACCAUAUCCAUACGCAUCGUCAACAUGCUCAAGAUGGUCCAGCACUCAAGCAACUUCGUCCGAGUCCUCCGCAACUCCCUUCCCUGAUCAAUCCACCCCUCUCCCACAGCAAGUCGACCCGGAAAAGACAGCUGCCGCAUCAGCCUCGGAAGCAAAGUCAUCCUCCGAGCAUCAAGAUGAUCGUGAAAAACAACUACGACAAAUUCUUCUUGACUUGGACCAGGGCAACAAGAUUGUCCACGUCAAUCCUGGAUUGUCCGGGGCCAAAAUUUUGGGGAAACCAUAUCUCUUCGAUGCUACAACCAACGUUUCACAAUCCAUCCUCGACCUCGUCGGCAGAAAUCUGUAUGCGAAUCCAAACCACCCCCUCUCCAUCACUCGAGAGUUGAUAGAGUCAUGCUUUGCCUCACCAACUUACAAUCACUAUACGGUUGCUGAUCCAGUUGUCACUGUCGCCGACAAUUUUGAUGUCCUUGGUUUUCCUGCUGAUCAUCCUGGUCGAAGUCGUACCGACACUUACUACAUCAACUCGUCUCAUCUUUUGCGAACUCAUACCUCAGCCCACCAACACGACGCAUUCAAAGCACUCUCCACAGAUCCAAAUGGCGCCACAGGCUAUACCAUCUGCGCCGAUGUCUAUCGUCGAGACGCAAUCGACAGGUCCCAUUUCCCGAUCUUCCACCAGAUGGAAGGCGCUAGGAUUUGGGGCCUCCCACGGUUUGAUCCCAACGUCCCCAAGAUGGACCGUUAUGGCCACGAGCGCGAGCGUCUUAAUACAAUUCUCAGUGACAUCACCACCAUCCCCAUUCAUGAGGCUCGUUUCAGUGAUCAAGCCGCCUCGUUCUACCCAGAGAAGAACCCGAUGCAGCUGGAACAUCAUCCGGACGAAGUCAAUGCCGUUGUUCGACACUUGAAACGGAGCCUGGAACAUCUUACACGCACUAUCUUCUCCGCUGCUCGCGCCGCCUCACCUAGCGCUUCCACGCAGCCACAGUCUGAACUGAAAGGCCGCUGGAUUGAAGCGUAUUUCCCCUUUACCUCGCCGUCUUUUGAGCUGGAGGUUCUCUACAACGGUGACUGGCUUGAGCUACUUGGCUCUGGUGUUGUGCAGCAGCCCAUUCUCAACAACGCCGGUUUGCGCCAUCACAUCGCCUGGGCAUGGGGUUUGGGCAUUGAACGAUUCGCCAUGCUCUUGUUCAACAUCCCUGACAUCCGGCUUUUCUGGUCCACAGAUCCCCGAUUCCUCAACCAAUUCACUCGGGGCAAGAUCUCUCGGUUCGAACCCUUUAGCAAAUACCCGGCCUGCUAUAAGGACAUUUCCUUUUGGAUCAAUCCAUCCCCAGCAGCAUCGUCGCCCAUUCAUCCUGAUCCAUCUUCUUCGACCGGAGCAGCCGCAGCUGGCGGUGAUGCGACGAAGGCAUCGCCUGGUGAAACUCAGCCAGCAGCGUUCCAUGAAAACGACGUCAUGGAAAUUGUCCGUGACGUGGCCGGCGCUCUGGCUGAGGACGUGACGCUCGUCGAUGAAUUUGUUAAUUCGAGUGGUCGAAAAAGUCUCUGUUAUCGCAUCAACUACCGCAGUCUGGAGCGGACUUUGACCAACGACGAAGUCAACACCAUGCACGAGCAAGUCAGCCAACGCCUUCAAAAUUCGCUUAACGUGGAGCUCAGGUGAUGGGACUAUUCGGGCGUGUACGAUUAAAAGUAUUCUACGUGGCAUCAUGGCGAAACCGCAACCGUGUACAAAACAUCUCGACUCUUCUGGUUACAAGCAUGUGAAGAUAGAUAGAGCAG